AGUAGAUAGUGUGUUUUCCCAGGCAAGGGGGGGAUAAGUGUGGGUCUAGAAGCACAAUGAACAGCUGUAGAAUUGCGCUCACUGUGGUUUUAUUUUGUAUUUGCCUUGUUUUCUUUACAUCAGCAAGACUGGAAGUAUGUAAUGAGCCAGUGGAUGAAGGGAUACGUGGAGACAAGAUUGGGAUCCGACUCUACUAUGAUAAAACCACGGAUCGCUGUAAACCAUUUGCAUACAACGGUGCUGGUGGGAAUGGGAAUCGCUUCUUCACUGACAGGCAGUGUAUGAAGAGAUGCUCUACGUUAGGUGAACAAAUCUAUCCGGAUGAUGACCGUGUUUGCCUCUUGGAGAAGGAUCUUGGACAUUGUAAAGGGACCUACUUGUUGUGGUAUUUUGAUCAUGCGCUGAAGAAGUGUAGGCCCUUCAUUUAUGGAGGUUGUGCAGGAAAUGGAAAUAGAUUUGUUAAUGAGACAACAUGUUGCUGGAAGUGUGCUCAGGCUCCUGUGUGUGAACAAACAGGAAAGGAAGAUGAAGGGCCUGAUGUAGGCUUGGUGCUUGGAAUCACUGUGGGAUGUACUGCAGCAGUUAUCUUGGUAUCUGCACUCGCCAUUUUCAUUCAGAAAAUAGUGAAGAAAUAUUCAACUAGAGAAAAGAAGCAAAAUAAGCCCCUGGCUAAUAUGGAAAUGUACUAACCAGAAAGAAAAACCUUCUUAUUUCCUUGGA